GGAAGGAAGAUGAAGAACAGGAUUAUUGAUCAAACUUUGAAAUGUAUUGUGUAGUGCAAUUUCAUUUAUUAAGGAAAUAGUAAAAUAUUGUAUCAAACGUUGUAAAAUUAGUGAAUAUUUGGACAGAAAGAUUUACGGUCAAUUGCCCUUUGCAGCAGUUAAUUAUAAAAGUUACAAUGUUUUUAUCAAACGACCAUGAAAAAUUGGUAUCAGUACCAAACGAUUUAAAACCGGUACAUAAAAAUUAUGAUAUUUAUACCAAUUCAGACGAGAUUAUCAAGGACUAUCAAUUGGAUCCGAAUCUCAAGCCGCCGGUAUACUUACCUCAACCUGAAGAUUAUUUCCCAGUUAAACUGAACGACCAAUUAACACCUAUUGAUAACUGGGCUACAGGUCGAGUUGAAUAUGCAUCGAUUGCAGGCUUAACUGGCAUCAGACCAGUCGUUGAUAAACACUCAAUUACAAGAUUUUGCGAAAGGGAAUGGAGACAUCAUAAUAAAUAUAUAUUACAAAAAUGCGACAACGAAAGAGAAGAAGCCAAAGCUUGCGAAUGGAAAGCUUUAAAAAGUGUAGAAGAUAUCAUGACCAAUUGUGAUCUGAACCAAAUAGAUAAUACUAGAAAAUUGAAGCAGAGAGAAUUGGAAAUUUACAAAUGGAAGGAGGAAUUUAAAGGUGCAAUUUCUGCAAUCAUAGAAGAAAUUGGUCUCAUGGAAGUGCAAAGACAAAGAUUAAAACAAUCAAUGGAAAUUGUUCUAAUUCCAGCUUCGAUAGCUGGUGAAUGUUUAACGAGACGAACAGGACGUUUAGAUCGAGAAUUGGUACGAGACCUAGUAGAAGACGAAUUGACGAAAGAAUUGUCGCUUACUUCAUUAAUUAAAGAUCGUUUUGAAAUUAUAUUACGUGAUAUCGAAAGCCAACAAGCGUCGAACAUAGCUUCAAAAAAAAAAAUGGAAUAUGAAUGGAGCGAGAAAAAGCAAUCUCAUGAAAUAGAAGCACACGUUUCAUCGUUAAGUAAUAGAAGUCGGACAAUAUUAUUCAAAUCUGGUACCGCUAUUUAUCAGAAUGGUCAAUCGACGUUGCAGUCUUGGAAUAGCUUUGCGAUUGAAGUUUUAGCAGAAGCUGAACAAAUUCGUAAGAAGUCUGUAAUACACAGAGGUACUUUGGAUGCAAUUUUAAUGAACGUAGCAAGGGAUUUACGAACUCAAGCUGACAGAGUUGAUAUGGCAGUUAGGAAUAGGGUGACAGCUACUCAAGCAAUUAAGCAUGAGCUUGAAAUGGAAGUUAAAAAGGUACUUCUGAUACUGAUUGCUGCACCGAUCUGGGCUCACGGCAUAUGCUCUUCCGUGUAUGGUGCCAAACCAUGUCCGUUCAUCCCUUCGCCGCCAGGAGAAACACCUCCCUGCGCCAAACCUGGACUCACGUACUGCGAAUACCCUGCACACUAUCCAAGGGAGUUGGUGUAUCAUUUAAUAGAGAGUUGGAAAUUUGAUCAUAAAUCUUUACUGAUUGAUGAAAGUCAUCGCGAGAUUGGAAACUAUUUUAUGUCAAGUGAUUCGAAAUACGGUUUUGGAUCAUACGGAUCAACGCAAAAUAACAUUCAGCCUAAUGAAGCAUAUUAUCCGGAUUUAACUUAUAGACAAAACCCACAAACGAGUUAUACGCCCAAUAACAACUACCCAUCAAAUACAUAUAUACCAAGUCCAAUAAAUUAUACGCAAUAUCAACAGUACAACGUACCGGCGCAAGAAGGCUACAAGUAUCCAAAUAAUUAUGCACAGAACAGCAACAGAUACAAUGAACAGCAGUAUUACAAAUCAGUAACACUGGCCGAUCUCAACAGACAUCCUUUGAAUCCUUUCAUUAAAUGGCAUGGUAGGAACGAAAAAUACUAUAAAAGGAAGAGGAGAUCUUUGAACAAACUUGCAAGGUGGUCUAACACUAGCACAAAUCAAACAGAAACUAGAAAUCGAAAAAAACGACAGGGAAACGUAAGUGGUCAAACAUUGUGUCAGUCUCGAUCGCAAUACAUAAUGCCCAGAGCUGCUCUUAACGAUAAAGGAGAUUGGAUGUACGUAGUCAACUUACCGGAAGUGAAUAACAGAUAUACGCAGCUAGUUAAAAGUGAAAUUUGCACGUCUCAGCAAUGUAACGGACUUUGCAGUCUACCAAAUGGAUAUACAUCAAAAUGCGAACAGAAGUAUGUCCAAAAACGACUAGUUGCAGUUGAACCUGGCGGAAGCAACCUGUAUUCUGACGUAUUUUGGUUCCCAAGUUGCUGUGUUUGCACAAUCACUAAUAAUUAAUUGUUACAUUAAAUUAU